AUGAAGAGUCUUUUAGUGAUUAGUCUCUUAUCAGUUUCACUCGCCACCUUCACGGCUGGUGACGUGUCUCAUACUAGACAAAAGAGAACCUUAGGUUUACUAGCGGAUAUAAUUUCUAAUACACUUAAUGGUGGUGCUACAAGUAUUUCUACUUCCGAAAGUCAUGCUAGUGAUGGAAAGACAUUUACAAACACUAAUACUCAAUCAACUGGCGGUGGACAAUCAGACGCUCAAGCUGGAGCUUUUACUGAUGUGAAUAGUGGUUGGAAUAAUGUUCAAGGUGGAUGGGCUGGAGGUCAUUCUCAACAAGGAAGUGGACAAACAGGAUGGACAAGUGAUAAUCGAUGGAGUAGUGGUCAAUAUGGAAGUGGAUACAAUGGAGGUCGUCAGGAAUGGAAUUUUGAGCACGGCGGACAGAAUGGACAGAAUUGGCAGUUUGAGCAUGGUGGUCAAAAUGGAUAUGUACAUGGUCAACAUGGAUGGGCAUACGGUCCCACCGGAUGGGUUUAUGGACAACAAGGAAGCUCGAGUCAUGGUGGAUCGUGGAAUACCAAUAAUGUUCAACAUAAUGAACAAGCUACAGGAGGACAAGGUCAAGACGGUUAUGUUCCGUACAAAUGCGUUUGUGAAAAACUAGAACCAGGAACACAGACACCUCCAAUUGUUUACUACCCUCCAGGACCACCUGCAUACUACCCACCUCCUCCAACUACUGGUCAAGAACCACCACAUCCUCACAACCCAACUGGACAAACUGCAAAUGCUGGUGCAACCGCCACUGCUGGAGCGCAAGGAAACAAUGCUCCUGGAUAUUAUCAACCUGGUGCAGCAACUACAAAUGCUGGUGCAACAGCAACGGCAACCGCCAAUGCUGGAGCUCAAGGAAACAAUGCUCCUGGUUAUUAUCAGCCUGGUCCUGCAACUGCAAAUACUGCCGCCACAGCAACAGCAACCGCCAAUGCUGAAGCGCAAGGAAAUAAUGCUCCUGGAUAUUACCAACCUGGUCCAGCAACUGCAAAUACUGCCGCAACAGCAACAGCAACCGCCAAUGCUGGAGCUCAAGGUAAUUAUGCUCCUGUAUAUUACCCAGCUAUUCCAGUUUCCACUGGUGGAGCAACUGCAACCGCAACUGCUGAAGCAAACGCUGGUACAACUGGCAACGGUCCUAUCUACUACUAUCCACCAUCAAGUGGUUCUAACGCUAACGCAGAAGCUAAUGCGAACGCUAAUGCCAACGGUAAUGCUAUCUUCAAUUUUCCCGAAGGCACAACUUUUGAGGUGUACUACCCACAUGAUUUAGAUUUGACUAAUGUUGCUACGAACACUAACGCCAAUGGUGGUGUACAAUGGACAUACCCAGUAUAUCCUGUUUAUCCAAUCUAUACAGAUGCGAAUGCAAAUGCUCAAGCAAAUGCAAACACCCAGGGUGGUGUAUAUUAUUAUCCUAUACCACCAAACUAUCCAUACCCAUAUCCCCAAAAUCCAAGCUCUGGAGCCGAUGCCAAUGCGAAUGCUAAUGCUAACAUCGACAACAAUGGAUUUGUUCAGCCAUCUUUGCCAGUUGCGCCUGUUUUUACCCCUGUAGCUGAUGUUGAAGCUAAUGCUAAUGCUAACGCCAACGCUGGAGGAAAUACGCAAAAUGUUUACCCAGCUGUUCCAAGUCAUCCAGGUAAUGCUAACGCUAACGCUGCAGCCAGUGCCAAUGCUGGAGGAAAUGCGCAAAACAUCUUCCCAGCUGCUCCAAGUCGUCCAAGUGGAAAUGCCAACGCUAACGCUGCAGCCAGUGCCAAUGCCAAUGCUGGAGGAAAUGCGCAAACUGUCUACCCAGCUGUUCCAAGUCAUCCAAGCGGUAAUGCUAAUGCUAACGCUGCAGCUAGUGCCAACGCCAAUGCCAACGCUGGAGGAAAUACGCAAAACAUCUUCCCAGCUGCUCCAAGUCGUCCAAGUGGAAAUGCCAACGCUAACGCUGGAGCCAGUGCCAAUUCCCACGGUAACACUAAAAUCAAUGCUGGAGCCAACUCCAAAGCGAACACUAAUGCCGGUGGACAUAAUCUAAAUAAAGGUGCAGGAGCUGCUAGUGCGACAGCUAAUGCCAAUGCCAAUGCCAACGGAAAUAAUUUAAGAGGUGCAGGAGCUGCUAGUGCGACAGCUAAUGCUAAUGCCAAUGCCAGCGGAAAUAGUCCAAAUAGAGGUGCAGGAAAUGCCAGUGCCACAGCAGUAGCUAAUGCUAAUGCCAGCGGAAAUAGUCUAAAUAGAGGAGCAGGAAAUGCGAACGCUGUAGCUAACGCGAAUGCUAGUGCCAAUGGAAAUAGUCUAAAUAGAGGUGCAGGAAUUGCCAAUGCCGUCGCAAAUGCCAGUGCCAACGCUAGUGGAAGUGCCAGUGCCAAUGCUGAAGCCAACGCCAGUGCUUAAUGAAAUUGUCAAUAGUUCCGAUUAUUAUU